AUGUCGAGACCCUCUUCCCAGGAAUUGGUGACAAUCAAGGAUGUUGUGGUGGACUUCACUGAGGAGGAGUGGGGGCUCCUGGACCCUUCUCAGAAGGAGCUCUACAUGGAGGUCACGCUGGAGAAUGUCCAGAACCUGCUGUCCCUUGAAAUUGGACUGAGUGUUCAGUCACCUGAGCUCACCAAGUCUGCAUCCAUUAUGGUGUUGACUUGUGGAAAGACUUUCACACAGAGUGCCAGUCUUGCUGCACAUCAGAGAAUCCACACUGGAGAGAAACCUUUCAAAUGUAAUCAGUGUGGAAAGGCUUUCACACAGAGUGCCAGUCUUGCUGCACAUCAGAGAAUCCACACUGGAGAGAAACCUUUUAAAUGUCAUCAGUGUGGAAAGGCCUUUCUAUCCAGCUCCGAUCUUGCUAGACAUAAGAGAAUACACACUGGAGUGAAACCUUUUAAAUGUAAUCAAUGUGGAAAGGCUUUCGUACGGAGUGCCAAUCUUUCUUUGCAUCAGAGAAUCCACACUGGAGAGAAACCUUUUAAAUGUAAUCAGUGUGGAAAGGCUUUUAGAUUCUCGUCCAGUCGUGUUACACAUCAGAGAAUUCACACUGGAGAGAAACCUUUUAAAUGUAAUCAGUGUGGAAAGGCCUUUAUAUCCAGCUCCAAUCUUGUUACACAUCAGAGAAUCCACACUGGAGAGAAACCCUUUAAAUGUAAUCAGUGUGGAAAGACUUUCACACAGAGUACCAAUCUUGCAGAACAUCAGAGAAUCCACACUGGAGAACAACCUUUUAAAUGUAAUCAGUGUGGAAAGGUUUUCAAAUUCUCGUCCAGUCUUGUUAUACAUCAGAGAAUUCAAACUGGAGAGAAACCUUUUAAAUGUAAUCAGUGUGGAAAGGCUUUCAGAUUCUCAUCCAGUCUUGUUACACAUCAGAAAAUCCACACUGGAGAGAAACCUUUUAAAUGUAAUCAGUGUGGAAAGGCUUUUAUAUCCAGCUCCGAUCUUGCUAGACAUCAGAGAAUCCACACUGGAGUAAAACUUGUUAAAUGUAAUCAAUGUGGAAAGGCCUUUAUGUCCAGCUCCCAUCUUGUUACACAUCAAAGAAUCCACACUGGAGAGAAACCCUUUAAAUGUAAUCAGUGUGAAAAGGCUUUCAGAUUCUCAUCCAGUCUUGUUACACAUCAUAGAAUUCACACUGGAGAGAAACCUUUUAAAUGUAAUCAGUGUGAAAAGGCUUUUAUAUCCAGCUCCGAUCUUGCUAGACAUAGGAGAAUACACACUGGAAUGAAACUUUUUAAAUGUAAUCAGUGUGGAAAGGCCUUUCUAUUCAAUUCUGAUCUUGUUGCACAUCAGAGAAUCCACACUGGAGAGAAACCUUUUAAAUGUAAUCAGUGUGGAAAGGCUUUUAUAUCCAGCUCCGAUCUUGCUAGACAUCAUAGAAUCCACACUGGAGAGAAACCUUUUAAAUGUAACGAGUGUGGAAAGGCCUUUAUGUCCAGCUCCCAUCUUGUUACACAUCAGAGAAUCCACACUGGAGAGAAACCUUUUAAAUGUAAUCAGUGUGCAAAGACUUUCACCCGCAGUGACAGUCUUGCAGCCCAUCAGAGAAUCCACACUGGAGAGAAACCUUUUAAAUGUAAUCAGUGUGGAAAGGCUUUCACAUGGAAGUCCUAUCUUGCUUUACAUCAGAGAAUACACACUGGAGAGAAGCCUUUUAAAUGUAUUCAGUGUGGAAAGACUUUCACAUGCAGUGCCCGUCUUGUUGCACAUCAGAGAAUCCACACUGGAGACAAACUUUUUAAAUGUAAUCAAUGAGGAAAUGUUUUUAGAAACUAUUCCAUUUUUUCUGCCCAUCAGAGAAUUCACACUGGAGGAAACCUUUUAAAUGUAAUCAAUGUGGAAAGGCCUUUAUAUCCUGCUCCCAUCUUGCUAGACAUCACAGAAUCUGCACCUCAUUGAAACUUUUUUUUUUGAUGACUGUUGGUUUGUUUUUUUUUUUUUUUUUCUAUUUUGGAUAGAACAGUUUAGCAGUGAGAACUAUAUGAGCCAGAGGAUUGUUCCUCCUCUUAUUCUCUAAUCUAAAGUAAUAAGGAAGACAUUAUUACAGUAAUGAUCCAUGCAAUACAAUAGAAGGACUGAGAAAGCCUUGAAAAAUGUUUUAUUAGGUCCAUUACAGCUCAAAAAAGAAAAUAGGGCUUUGCCGAUUUGUUUCUUCACUUAUUUUUCUAUUUUUUGUAAAUUUAAAAAGGUCAUUUGAUUUCAUUUGUAUGAAUUUUAAAAUUAAAAAAGAAAU